UGGUAUGUCCCGCCCAGUGAGAGCACCAAGAUGGCGGCGGUUGUCUGUGUCCUUCACUCGGCCGCCCUGGCAUGGUAUGUGUUCGGUCUCUGGCAGAACGUGCAGGUUACCGGCUCCACCCUGGGACACGGGGCUCACACGUAUGGGGGGAGAUGGAAAUACCUGACCUUCAUCAACCAGGUUCUCCAGACUAUCUUUUUUGGAGUGUGCGUUCUGGCUGAUCUUUGCCCGUUAUUUGUGUCCAGAAAGAAUGGAUUGAGUUCCUUCAUAGUGAAGCUCCGAGACAUGAUCUUCUCUGUGCUGGCUUUCCCAGUUGGAGUUUUUGUUGUGACCUCGUUCUGGAGUAUUUAUGCGUACGACCGGGAGCUAGUCUACCCUGAGGUCUUGGACAGCUUUAUUCCACAAUGGCUUAAUCACGCCAUGCACACCUAUGUCCUUCCUCUGCUUCUCAUUGAGCUGUUUGCUUGCUCCCACCAAUAUCCCAGCAAGAAGAAUGCGCUUCUGGUCCUGGGCAUCUUCUGUUUGGCCUACAUAUCCUGGCUUUUGUGGGUGCAUCAGGCUUCUGGUAUCUGGGCGUACCCCAUCUUGGAGAAACUGGAUGCUGUAGGCAAGAGCCUGUUCUUUGCCACAUCCUUUCUCAUCAUCAUUCCUUUUUAUCAGCUGGGCGAGUCUCUAACACGGCUGCAGUGGGGUGGCAGAAAAUCUACAAAGAAGAAGGUGAAAUAAAAGAGCUGAUUGAGGAUCGUGGACCAUUUACUCUCCCCAGAACUGGUGGAGGAGAAAAAUCAUCCGAUCUAGAAUUAUUUAGAAGUAAUUUUUAAUAAUUGUGGGCUGAGUAUAUUUUUAUUUUUUGGCAGUUCCCGCCAGCCUGUGGGAUCAACAAAUGCAAUGAAGGGACGGUUUGGGCUUGACACAGACAUGUCUCUGUAGCUGCUUCCUCCACAGUAGAGGAUUCUGGGUAACAAUGAAGCCAAUGAGCGUGUGUUCAUGCAUCCAAUAGCUGUGAUGGACUCAUCAUAUGUAUUUUAAAGUUUACAAUGGGUAAAGGAUUCCCUUUGAUUGUGCUUCAACCAGUGUUGCCUUCUGAUUGCUUUAUAAGGCAGGAUGUAGUUGUGACCAUAUUGUACUGAUCUACCUCAAAAUAAGUCCCCAAUCUGCACUAAGUCUGACCUCCCAGCUUACUUUCAUGGGACAGAGUCCCCCACCCCCUCCUCCCAGCAUCCCUUUGCAAGGAACAAUUCUAAAGAUUUAUAUGUUAAUAGGAAUUAGUGGAAUGUUUUCUGUUGGGCUCAUACACUGUGUGGA